CAACCUCUACCAGAUGAUGACGAAAAUGCUCUAUUGGUCGAUGGCAACGGUGAUAGAAUUACGAUUCCACAAGAAAUUACGCCACCACCAGCCGGAGCAACUGAACAACCGACUGUGGAAACGUCAAGCGGAGCACCGGAAGCGAAAUUGCUGCCUGCCUCAACCGUCACGGUGCUGGAGUCUAUCGAUACUGAGGCGCACGCUCAACCGAAGGAAUUCCCUGCGGAACCGCUGUCGCCCAAGGAUGCCUCUUCUUCAAUGGAUGGUGUGGCUGAACACUCGAAGCUGGCCACAUCCUUGCCGGAAACCUCGCAGUCCACUGGAAUCGAGACUGAGACGACUGGAGUAUCGCCUACAGAAGCUCCUACCACUGCUUCUGCUUAUACUGGACUUCAGUCCAGUUUCCUUAUCCGGAGAAGUCUCCCGAGUCAACCGCUGUAUCCGUUGAAAGCACUGAACUCAUGGCAACGACGACCCGUAGCAGCAGCACUAGUAGCUCUAGACUCGAUGAAGCUGAGUCGUUUGGGUUUAGCACUAAGCAAAUUUCCAUGCUGGAAACCUCAGAGAGACGUGAAUCUUUAG